UUCAUUCUCGAUUUCUCACCAGUGCCGCGCGAACCGCCGACAUUAUCGCCCGUCGCGUUUCGUUCUCAUUGUACAAAAGUUUUUUAAUUCUUUUCGAGGUGUGAUUUGAAAAGUCGGUGACAAUAAAAGUAAACGAAUUGUUUUAUUAUUUUCGAAUAACGAAUUGAAUGGUGUUGUGAACAAGUGUAUCGAUUGUUGUAAACAGCUACCUGACCGACGCGUGGCGGAACAUAAAAACAAACUCUCGUCUCGCGUUUCGAAUGGUCCCCGGCAAUAAUUAGUUUGGUAAAAGUGAGUGUGUGUGCUGUGGACGCUUGAUGGUUCAAUUAGAACUGUUUUAUUAAGCUUUCGUAUGUACCAACAUUUCGCUUGAUCGGCUCUUUCUACGGAUUACCCAUGUUGAAGUUGGAAUCCCCGGAGGUCCGCAUGGCGCUGCCGCUGCCUGCGCGCGCGCCGGACCCGACUGCGUUGGCGGCCUACUGGGCGGAAUACGAGGACCUGUGCCGACAGAUCUGCGCUGAAGACGAUGAUAAUCAUUAUGAAGAAGGCGAACUGGAAACCGAAUGGCUUCAAGCGGCAGGCCUCGGGUCCCUGGCGGCUCCGUUCCAAGCAGGUCUGGAGGUCACAGAGGCCCAGCUGGGUGAAGCAGUCAGACCUUUGCCCAGGGAACAGGCGGCUGCAGUGCGCAGACGUGUUAGAAGACUUAACAGAACUGUGAGGAGGAAGCGAGCCGCUUCUAGAGCGAGGAAACCAGACAUCAGAGAUGUGUUUAGGGAUUUGGAGAACUCAAGUGGUAGUGAACCGCGGUCGCGCAGUGCGACUCCCGACUCAUUGGAUUCUCUGCCGAGCGGCGGCUCCGGCAGCCCGCCCGCCGAGUGGGCAGACGCCGCCACACCGCCGGACUUUAUCGACAGUUACCCUUCCACCGGCACCCAUGCUCCGCUAGCGCGGACACCGUCGGCGCCGGCGGCGGGGCGGCGCGUGCGCCUGUCGCCGCCCGCCGAGCCGCACUCGCCGCCGCUGCCCAUGCACGAACUCUUCAAGCCUAAUGACUUGCAUUGGGCCGAUAUUGCUAGUAAUACCGAAGGUAUCGAGCUCCUAGGAUAUCAAAGAUACGGCACAGUACAGGGACCGAGGAUAGGAAAAGAACGAAUCAAUGGAUCCAUACUCAAAGACAACGAUCCUUUUAUAAACAAACAUGCGGCAGUGUCCCGCGCGAAGAGCGCCGCGUCAGCUCAGCAGCCACUCAGCUUCGAACACAAGUUCAAUCUCGACAGACAGAUGCUCGCCCAUGAGGAGGAUUGGCCGGAAGAAGACAGCACAGUGGACAUCGAAAGCAUUGGCGAGCCGCAACUGAAGCGGCUGCCGCCUCUUCUGUGGCUCGAGCUGACCGCACUCUUCGACCGCUACUCACUGCCUUUCCAGAAGAGGAAAUCACCCAAGAAGAAGAGGAAAGAAGAAGGUUCAGUGUUCGGAGUGUCGCUGGAGACGCUGGUGCGCAAGGACAUGAUCCUGUGGGAGGAGACGUGGAGCUGUGCUCCCGCCGUCGUGCGGGCGCUGUCGGCUGCGUUACAGCGUCGUACUAACGACGAGGGGCUGCUUAGAGUGCCCGGGAAUAAGCAGAAGAUCGAAGCUCUCUGCCAGCUAAUAGAGCGGCAGUGGUACUCGGACCGCGCCACCGUGGAGGCAGCUCUCUCCCGCGCCAGCUCGCACGACCUGGCCGCCGUGUUCAAGCGUCUGCUGCGAGCGCUGCCCACGCCGCCUCUUACUCAGGAGCUCAUGAGGCUGUUCUAUCAUACUUAUGCUCUAACCGGCACAACACAAGGGCGAGCCCUCAACCUGCUGGUGCUGCUGCUACCAGCAGAACAACGCGCCACACUGCGGGAACUGCUGCGGCUGGUCAGGGAGAUCGUGGCCAGGCAGGACACCAACAAGAUGACGGAGCACAAUGUGGCCAUGAUUAUUGCGCCUACGUUGUUCCCGCCCAGUCUCCUGAUCAAACAAUCAGACAGUCUCGAAACUCAGCUAGCGACGGCAGCCAACAGCUGCCACGUGACAGAAGCCCUGAUGCGGUGGUGUGACCAGCUGUGGGUAGUCCCCGCCUCCCUGCUGGCCGCCGCCAGCCGCAAGCCGCUUCCGCACCGGAGGAACCACCACACCUGACUCUCGCACCUACACCCUGUAUAUAGGCUACAGCACCCGCCAUUCACAAACAGUGAACAUUAAUUUUGACCUUGACAUUUGAAAAGGUCAAGGUCAAAGUUGAUUGGCCGACAGUGAGAGAAGGACAUUUCUGCAAAUGAACGCCCUUGAUUUUGAAACCUCAAGGACGAUUUAGAGUGUUGCUUCAGAUUUAAUAGACCAGGUCAUCCAUUAAAAGGUGCUCACAAUAAGUAUUAUAUCGAAUAAGAACAAUUUAAACUAUAUCCAAUAUUAUUUUCAGUCAAAUUGUGCUGUGUUUAUUAUAUUUUAUUCUUGAACAAUAUUAUAGAUGAGUGAUAAUUAUUAUAUGCUUACCUACAAUAAUUAUACUCUUUAUGUUAUUUUGUAUGAUAAUGUGAAUAAGAUGCCAAAUAUUCAACCAUUUUUCUUAAUUUAGUGAUAUUAUCAAAUGUUAAUCCAGUUAAGAGGCUGAGCCCAACUGACAUUCAAAUAAUAUUGUUUAAACAGGAUCACUGAAAUUAAAUUGUAUUAAAAUCAGAACUACAAAAGGCUUAGAGGUCGUGAAAAGAGCUUGCAUAGCUCGGUGCCAUCAGUGAUAUUUAAAAAUGUGACGUAAAUUAGAAUUAUAUCCAAUUUAACUUUACUACAAAAUAUUGUAUAACUUUGGACAUACUCAAAAUCUAACGGCAUUGUAGUUUGACCCAUAAUUGUUGCCAGAUAAAAUAAAAAUAAUUAAUUCCAUAUGUUACCUUUUCGGCAAUAAAAUAAUCUAACGGUUGUAAUAAUGGUGCCUUGCAUUGAUAUUAAGUUUGCACAAUUAUUUUUAAAACAUGUAAAUAAAUACUUAUAUACUUCGGUUUUUGUAAUAUAUUUUACCGAUACUAAGCAUGCAAAGACUGACUUGGUGUAUUAUUAUUAUGUAAUAUUAUUUUAUAAGUGUAUCUACUUUUCAGAAUUUAAUAAUAAAAUGCAUAUUACUUA